AUGAAGCGCUGCAGGGCGCUGCCUCCCCGGGGCAGCCCGCUGAGAAGCGGGGCCGAGGCGGGUAAGGAACCUCCCCUCCCAACCCCGUCCUCUCCGUCCCCACACCUGCUCGGGGCGGGCGGCAGCGGCACCACGUGUCGGGGCGGGGAGCUGCGGCGGAGCCACCCCCAGAGCCGCAGCGGCAGCAGCGGAGCCGAGCUAAAGCCAGGUUUACCGCAUCCCACAUCCCGCAGCCGCAUCCCCCGCCUGGUCCUCCGGCCGCAGCAGAAGGUAUCCCCCGCUUCCGAGUCGCCCUUUUCGGAAGAAGAGAGCCGAGAAUUUAACCCCCUCAGUUCCCCCGGGGGCUCCGGCCGGACCGUCAGUAGCAACAGCUUUUGCUCAGAUGACACUGGCUGUCCUAGUAGCCAGUCAGUAUCUCCAGUUAAGACUCCUUCUGAUGCUGGAAUCAGUCCAAUCAGUUUUUGCACUGGCAGCGAUGGAGACUUCUCCAAGAAGAAAUUCAGUCCAGGGUCAAUGAGUGAAGGGAACCCACAGCUGGUUCGAUAUAAGAAGGAGACAAAGACAAGCCUUGUAAAGCCUG